GGAAAUGUGAAAACGAAAAGUGAUAAAAACGAAAAGCCGACAAACGACGCGUCGCGUCACGCGUCAGUCAAGUUAAGUGUCAAGUUGUAUAAACUCUAUAACAAAUGCAAAGAGUUGCUAAUAUUUGGCUAAGCUUCUACUGUUAAAUCGAGGUCUUCAUGUUUUUAGAGAAAAAGUCAUCUUACUGAAGUUCACCAUGGCUGGGUAUAAUUGGCCAGGAAUGUCGAGAGAGGAUUGGAUAAUGUCCUCGUCUCAAACAGUAAUAGAAUAUAGUAACCAAGAGAGUCAAAAUCAGGGUACACGAAGUUACUCAGCGAAUGCACCGCCUGCACCUACCCAGGCUCCUACGCUCUCCAGUAACUUUGAAGAAUUAGUUCAACUACAACUUCAAAUGCUUAACAAACAACCUCCGGUUUUAACUGACAAAUACGGCGGGCAACAAACACAACCUUUAUCUUCUUUCGGUCCCCCGAAGUCUCUUCAAGACAACUCUAUGGGCGAUAAAUACAACCCAUUUGUAGAAGACAAUGAUGAUGACAUGGAGAUUUCGGAUGAGGAGAAAGAAUCUCAUAAUUCAAUUGUUGAGAGAAAAGAAGCUCAGACAAAAACUAAAUCAGAGUUUAUUGAGAGACCAAUUAUAAAUGAUUUAGAGAUAAAAUCGGGUGCUGCUUUUUACCAGGGUUUGAUCCUCUUCCUGCCGCCUUUUGAGCAACUGGCACAUUCCUACAGAGGCUCUCCUGCUUUAAAAAUUCUGUACGCCUCAUUCGAGUUCAGUUUCAAAAAGCCUGUAAAGAUUGAGACAAAGCCAAGAGAAAACGAGCCUACUGUAAGUGAUUCAACUGUCUACUUCAAAGACCACUUUCUCGCUUCUGGUUCAGGCCAUGCUCCGCACCUAGAGGCAAGUGUGCGAGCCCUAGAGCUACUAAGCGAGACCUGCUACACCAUUCAGGCUAAAGAAGAUUAUUUUCUGAAGUGCAAACUUGUUAACGCAGAAACUAUGAAGACUCUAAAUUUGAAGAAAUGGGAAGCAUUAAGUGAGAAAUAUCCGAACAUUGUCGAGGCAACAAAGACCAGUCAUAUUCAGAAGACAUUUGCAGUUUUCCUGGACAGCCACACAAGUACUGGGGCUUACGAGGAUAUUGUCUGUUGCAACCUAACUCGGCAAGACGUCAAUAACAUUAAAAGUGUCGUAGAGUUUUUCAAUCUGACUAUGCUGCCGUGUUCAAUAUCUACAAACCUGUCCAAGAAGAAUACACCGUGCGUGGUCACCAUACAGAAGUACACCUCGGCAAAGAAACUUCUCGACAUCCUCAUUGCAUGUGGCGGUGAGAAUGAGAAAUUCAAACUGUUCCCGCCCGACACCUUCAAAGACUUCUACAAGUUGCAUCCAAAGUACUGGGACAAAAACCUAUCAAUGGUACCGGGAAAUAACAUACUUGCUACGAAAACCACACUCGAUGAUACCAGUUUGCAAGAAAUGAUUAUGGCACCAUAUAAAAGUCUUAUAUCAGAUUUGUUUGUAAAAAACAAGACUUUACCUAAAAAGGAAAACGUAAAGGAUGAUGUAGGUUUAAGGAAAGCGGGUGACGACUUUAUGAAAUCCACCUUUCAGAUCGACAUGGUACAGAGUAAAAAUAAAGCACCAGUGGAAAGAAUGACUCUGCUGUUGAAUUAUAUGGAACAACUACAAGAAUACGGGAGCAGAGUGUUAACUUCAGGAAGAGCAGAUAUGAUAAAGAUCUACCACAAUGCCAUUGAUAAUGUCCGUAAGGAUCUAGAGGAAUGCAGAAAAGACAUUGAAAAAGAACAGAAAGACAAAGAAAAAGUGGUAGCAAUCAAGAGUAAAGAAACCUCACAAACUUCUACAAGAUCUAAAUCUCCAUCCACCAGGAAGAAAAGUCCUCGCAGACGGUCAAGAUCUCCUAGUAAAAAGAGUCACGUAAAUGCGAGGAGAUCUCCCUCUCCAAGAAGGAAGGCGAGGUCCAAGUCUCCCAGGAGGGGUCGAUCUCCUCCAAGAUCAUCUCCGAUCAGACACAACAGGUCUCGUCGUUCUCCUUCACCUAGAAAACGACGAUCUCCUUCGCCCAGGAGGAAGCCGAGGUCUCCGCCAAGGAGAGCCAGGUCAAAGUCUCCAAGGAGAGUUCGAUCUCCCCUGAGGUCUUCUCCGCCCAGAAGAAAAUCUCCACAACGCGAUGUCAACAUCACGAUUUUUAGAGACCAAUUGAGUAGAUACAUAGAUAUUUUGCGAAGGUUUCGCAUUGAAAUUGAAGACACUCCAAUUGAGCGAAGGAAUUUGUUGAAGGACAAAAGUCUGUCUCUUAGAGAGCAGCUAACAAAAUUUAGAGAACGAGUGAGAGAUAAUUUUACUGACCUGGGUGAAUUCCAGUACGAAAUAGAACUAUGUGUGGACGAGUGUAUGGAACAGACUGACAUGAUCAAUGGAAAACCUGGACCAAAUGACUUACCACCUCCCCACAUGAUGCCUUCCUAUGACCCGAGAGCUAGUUUGUCAAAUUCACUACCUUUACCACCUCCUUUCCCCUCCAUGGCAUCACAGUUCCUUCCUCCAGGAGAUAUGUAUCACCGCCCUCCUUACUGAACUUAAAACGGUAUCUGUAUUUGUCUGUAAGAUUGGUAGUUUAGUCCACAGUUUACAGUAUUCAGCUUCAGCUCCUGUCCAACAGCAAGAUUUUAACUCAGUGAUAAUUUUUAAACUAAUGGAAUCAUUAAAUUUACUUAUCUUUCAAAAAGUAUCUAUACGUUUAUUGGUUUAUGCGUUCUUUCACAGAUGUUUGUCGUGAGCAUAAUACUGUGUCCAUACAGUAAAAUGAAAAUAAUAUAAUAUUUUUUUAUAGAGAUUGUAUUGAAAUGAUUUAACAGAUUAAUAUGAAUCUAUUUCUGUUUAUGUCAAGUUGGUAAUCUUUUUUUACUAUAAUGUACAUAAUUUUAGUUUGUAAUAUUGCAUUUGAUAUGUAAUUAAAUAGUUUAACGGA